AUGAAUAUAUAUACCUUCAUACAAAUCCAAAUUUUCGUUAUAUACGCACUUAUAAAGUGCGCUGCUGGUAGCUCGAAAAAUCAAGCUCCUUCGUAUAAUCCACAAGUUCAAAAAACAAUUACUGUAGGAGAUAAAACAUAUCAAUACAAAUAUGAUCAUUAUAAGUCUGGUCCCCCUAGGGAAGAAGUUAUGAAAUGGUUAGAUGUAGAGUUUCAUGCGUCAACUGAUGUGUUAUACCACUUAUUGCCUUUAGCUAAAGAUCCAUGGAAACUUUUUAAUGAAAUAGAGUAUUCUGAACGUAUAUAUGAUACCGUUCGUGAAUAUGAAGAUAAGUAUAAAUUUAAAUUUAGGGAUGAAGAAGCCAGAGAAUCUUGUGUUGAAAGAAUAAAGGGACGUCUUCUUUAUCCUCUAUAUUUGGAACCAUUAACAGAAGAUUAUUGUAAAACAAUACAAAAAUAUUUUUGGAUAGAAGAAAGAUUAGAAGAGGAAAUGACUGUUAAGAUGGAUAGGGAAGAAACUUACCAAGAUAAGAAGGCAAUGAGUAAAAAUGAAGAUGAAAUGAAAAGACUUAUAAGUAUUUAUGAAAAAGGUAGAAGUAUAAAACUAUCGGACGAUAUGAUCCAUUUUACUAUAAGUAUAGCAAAGGUUUUCCUUGAAGAUUACCUAAAAUUAUAUACUGAAGUAUAUGAUAAACUUUCCCCCACAAAUAAUGAUAAAACAAAACAAAAAUAA